CGCAUUGUAGUUCGUGGUUCAGUUGUUUUGUCGCGCAGCCGAGUUUUGACCAGUGCUGUCUCGCGCUGGCUCGCAAAAUUUGGCUUUAUUGCCGGAAUCUUUUUCGAAUACAGUUGCAUUAACGCCGAGGGCUUACGAUGGUAAAUCCCGCCGCGAAGAUCGUCGUCUGCCUGGCGAUUCUGCUGCUCGCCGUAGUGUCUAUUUCAGCGGGAGAAGGCUGCCCAGAGCCCCCGCCGGUGGCCGGCGGGACGUACGAGUUCGGUGCUUAUGCCAGACCUGGAGCUGACGGGCGCUACCCGGAACAAUCCUUGGUUGUCGUCGUCUGCCUCAAAGGCUACCAACUACAAGGUGGCGAUUCAAUCAUCUCUUGUAACGAGAAUGGCGAGUGGUCCGCAUCACCGAAAUGCCAAGUUAGAGGCUGUUUGAGACCAGCGAAGCCCUGGAAUGGAAAGGCGGUUCGAUUUAAAGGGGGCCGUCGAGUAGGCGGACAGGCCGUCUUUAAGUGCAAGCCUGGAUUUGACCGAGUCGGCCCGGCGAGAAAGACCUGCACCGUGACACCACGGGGCGUAGAGUGGACUGGUCCCGGUGGGAUCACGGAAUGCGUAGCGCGAAACAGCUGCAGGAGUCCGGGUGUUUUGCACGGCGCCAACUGGACACUGAUCGAAUCGGACAGGAGAAGCCACCACGAGGACCCAACCUUCAGUCCCAACACCAAGAUCAACGUGGAGUGCUGGCCGGGCUUCGUCUCAACGGAAGGCCCCAGUGUGCAGAUCGCAUGCGGAAUGUCGGGCGAGUGGAGCCCACCCAUCCCAACCUGCCGCGAGGUGAUAUGCCCAUCGCUUCUUGAGAGCGAAGCAGACAUUGACCAUCUGCACAGUACCAUGGAAAACAGGACUUACAUACUGGGAGAGGUAGUGAAUUACCACUGUGAUGCAGGCUAUCGCAUCCUUGGCAAGACCCGGAGGCAGUGUUCUGGACCGAAUCUGUACUCUCCCAACCGGACUUGGACGGAUCUCGAUCCGAUCUGCUCAGAAAUUGAAUGCCCAGACCCAGGUCGUAUCCAGUUCGGAGGCAGUAGGUACUUAGGGUCUACAAGAAUUGGAGGAAGCGUAACUUUCCGAUGCCGGUCUGGCUACAGACUCCAAGGAUCGGCGGUCAGGCAUUGCCUACCUAACGGGAGGUGGAAUGGAACACUCACAACAUGUGAUCAUGAAAAUUUCUACUGCCCGAAUCCCGGCAUUCCUAUCGGCGGGCGAAUGGUCAACCAGCACAGGGUGCGUUUCCGUAAGGGGGAGCGGGUGUCGUACGAGUGCAGCAGGGACAAAGUGUUGAUAGGCUCGGAGGAGAGAGAAUGCCUCAAGUCGAGAAGCUGGAGCGGGGAGCCGCCGACAUGUGAAGGGCCUUACGACUUUGAGGACGCCAGCGAGGUAGCAGCGAGAUUAGGAUACACCUUGGACGGCCUUCCGACCGAUCCUCAGGACUCUGUCUCCGAAACCCCGGGCCCUAGAGGCAGGUUCAUAGAUCUUGGUUACACAGGAGGGAUGGACAUCUACUUCGUCUUUGAUGUAUCUGGAAGCGUUAGAAACAGCAUGGACGGCUUGACAUCCAGCAUUAACCUCGCCAAAGCUCUCGUCAAAAAGAUUGGUGGUUUGGAUGGUCCUCGCCGUGCUCGUUACGGCGCAUGUGUGUAUGCAACCAACGCUCUUUCGCUUUUUGGAGUCUCCGACUCUCAGUCAUCCGUGAACACCUUGCUUGAGAACAUGAUCAAGAAUCCUCAACACAUUCGGGAUCUAGGAACUGGGACCGCUACUGGUAAAGCACUCCAGCUUGUCCAUGAAUUCAUGAUACCAUCAGCCGGAGAAAACAUACAAGAAUCAAAGAAGUACCUAUUCCUAUUCACAGACGGCAAGACGAACAUGGGUGCCAAUGUUGCCCGACCCAAGACAGAAGCAAAGACCCUCCGCAAGAGGUACGAUGUCAAAAUCCACUGCAUUGGAGUGGGCGACGAAGUCGAUAAGAGUGAACUACGAGAUAUCGCCUCCAAACCGGUCAGCGAUCACUUGUUUGUCGUCGAAAACGCUAACGAUGUUUACGAGGUCGCCCAAAAUCUUUUAGAACAAAAAAUCGAUUACUCACGCUGUGGGCUCAACAGACCCCCAAAGACGCGUGCAACUGGAAGAAUCGUCGGCGGGGACAAUGCUCAACAGGGUAUGUGGCCCUGGCAGGUGGCGCUGUUCUGUCAGAAAACGUCAGGAUGUGAAAGCUCAAAAUGCCCGCCCUUAUUUUACUGCGGUGGCAGCCUCAUUGCUCCUAAUUGGGUUUUGACUGCUGCACACUGUUUAAGAAAAUGUCAAGCACCCAAGGUUAGGAUAUACACAGGUAUUCUUGAUAUAUACGCAGAAUCACUCCGCCAAUUUGACCAAGCCCAAGUGUACACCAUUGACGCUCAAAUACAUCAUGAAAACUUCAGCCAAGUCACAUUUGAUCACGAUAUUGCCCUGCUCAGGUUGAGCAAGAAUGCUACACUCAGUCCCAACGUUAGACCUAUUUGUCUGCCACAGCCAACAAUGCAAGAUGACGCAAUUUACUCAACAGACGGCAAGUCUUACGUUACCGGCUGGGGCCAUACGGAAGCCUUCGAUGUCAGCGUCGACGAAGGGCGGUGCAGAAACCCCAAAGGCAUUACCAGUACGCGUUUCCUUCAACAACUUGCCAUACCCUUGCGUACCAACGAAGAGUGCAGUCAAAGUUUCAGCAGCGGUCGCUACGAGUGCCGUUUCACCAGUGAUUACAAACCCAACAUGGCCUUCUGCGCCGGCUACCCAGAUGGGAACCAAGAUGCCUGUAAUGGGGACUCCGGAGGGCCUGUCAUGAGAGAGGUGGACGUCGGUGGAAGCCUACGAUGGGUCCAGAUCGGUAUUGUCAGCUGGGGAGAGGGGUGUGCCGUAGAGGGUCGGUACGGAGUGUACACAAGAGUUUCGGCAUACAAGGACUGGAUUGAAGAGCAUAUUCGUCCAGCGGCGUUUGCAAUAAGCCACUGAACCUUACAUGAAUAUAAAGAGUUGCUUAAGCACCAACCGCAAUAUACACGUACUCAGACUUCAUCGUUGCAACAAUAUUGUGCUGUUUAAGUUUGAUGAAAGUGUGUAAAAACUCUUCUUAAUAUACUGCAGGAUAUAUAUAAAGGGUAGCUACAAUCAAUUUUUGUAGCAACACCUUCAAGUGCACGUGUCUGUCACGUUAAACCUUAUUUUCAACAUUUGUUUCACUGUUUAAAGGGUAAUUUACUGUUUUUUAUGCUACUGAGUAUUUCAAUAUUCAUGAGCAAAACUGUGAUGUCAUUCCAAGAAGAAAGCCUUUUUUCUCAUUGCUGAUUAAUUAUCGUUUGUGUGCAUAGCAAUAUCAAGCAAGCAUCCAUCCCUUUCUCAGAAAGAGUUUCAGUGAUUAAAUUCUGGGUUUUCAGUUUGAACAGGAAAACCUGUGCACUGAACUA